AUGGAAAAAUAAAAAUCCCUAAUUGAUGUAUAAAAAUAAUAGUAAUGCUAGCUUACUUUCGAGCACGGACAGAGUUAUGAAGAAAAAGUAAGGAGGAAGUAGUGGUUAUUUGAGUAUAUGACUGAAUGUUUAAAGGAGAAAAUUCUGGAGUUAUUUAACACAAUGUUUGAAGACUAUAUUAAUGAUCUAUUUCUUAUAGCUAGUUUCAUUUUGAUUUUAGUGGGAAUAGCUUAUGAUGACAAUACAGAAGAUGUCAUAUCAUCACUCAUUUUGUUUAUAGUUUACUUAUUACCCUUUCUGAUUGAAACAGGAAUUAGAGCAUUAUAAUUAUUGAUUGAGUAAAAGUAAAGUUGGCAAUCUAUCUUGCAACAAACUCGCAUCGUUUACACUAGACUAAAAGGAUUUAAAAAAGAAGACUUGGUCUAUAAUGAUACAUAAAAUUUCGUCAAAUAGGCUCGCUCAUCUUCGAUUAGGAGCAUUUAAUACCUUGACUCAUAAUCGAAUGUGCCUGAUAUCCUGCCUGCUUCAAAUGUUGAGGAUGUAAAUUACAGCAAUUUGAAAAGAGGAGACUUUAUUCUUCUCAGUCGUAACCAAUAGUGUCCAGGCGACUUAGUCAUUUUAGAUAUGAGUAAUAGACAUGGAUACUUUUAUUCCAAAAGUUAUUUUAAAUAGGCUUUUCUGCAACGUAAGGAACCAAUGAAAACAACCAAAGUGGAAUUGAAUGCACCCAACAAAGGAGACUUGAAUUAUUUGAGGAAGAUAUUAAAGGGUAAACUAACAUUUAAUAAUAAUUACAAUUUUGAUUAAUUCGAAGGUCAUAUUAAAUUAUCUAAAGAUCCCAAAGGAGAACCAAUUUUACCAGAAAAUAUUCUGUUUUUUGGAUAAGCAUUAUAAUUUAGUGAAUGGGUAUUUGGAAUCCUAAUCAAUGUUGGUGGACAAUCAUUAUAUUGUAGGAAAGUUAAAUCUGUAAAAAAACAAUAGAAAAAUAAAAAUAGAUAUAAGAAUCUCAGCAUUUUAUAAUUAUUCCUUUACAUAGUCAUGCCCAUAAUUGCAUCUUUGAUCUAAUAUUACGGAUACUAAUCGAAUUCCUCAUUCAGUCAAAUCCUACUCCAUUGUUAUCAACAAUUCCUGGUUAUUCUACCAUCUUAUUUGAAUUUGUUCCUUCAUCUAUUCGAUGUAGUCCUUAUCAUCAAUGAAAAUCGAUCACAAUUACAAUCCAAAGACUGCAAGGAACUGAUAUUGGAAACAAAACAAGUAGCCAAAUAACAGAACAUAUACUAUCCAGUCAACAUGACAGAAAUAAUGGAUACUACUCAUGUAUUUCUAAAUAUUCAAAUAUUAUCUGAUGCAAAAAUUGAAGCCUUAUGUCAUGGAGACACUAUCUAUUAAAUUGAUCAAACCUUGAUUCCAGAUUUAGUGUUAUCACAGUCUUUUAAGAAAACCUAAUUUUAUUACAAUCUAAUUAAAUAAGUCAAUGAUUAAAACAUUGAAAUCCUCUAAGAGAAGAUAGAAACCAUCAGUCCCAAUGUGCCUCCUCAAAAAUUAAGCAUAACUUCUCAUUAAUAAAUCAAUUUCAACAUUAUUAAGGAUACUGGAAAUAAGAGACCAUUUAUUAAAUAGAAUACUUAAACUCUACACUCUCCAAUUCUCAAUAAUCCUAGUAGUGCCAGACCCUCAUUAGAAAUCUUUCAUAGUAUGGAUGGAGGAGGUUUGAUCUCAUCCACUUUAGCUGGGAAUCUUCUAAAUCAACAAUAACAUAGUUAAGUUAGUCAGGAACCUGAGGAAGAACAGGUUAAAUAAGUUUAAAUUUUUAGGGAAAACACACUUGUUGAAUUAGGACUAAGCUAACCUUUCUAAUAUUUUGAAUUAUUUUGUGUCAUUUCUUUGUGUCAUCUAACUAGAAGUGAGUUGAUGACUCUUGGAGAAGAGAGCAGACUAUCUUAGAAAAACUCCAAAUUGGGAUUUACGGAAAGGGAAAGAAUCAGAAAACCUAAAUUUAACAUUGAUUAAUACUUUCUAGCAGAAGACGAAGCCUUAUUAAAAUUGAGCAAACUAUUUAAAAUUUCAUAUAAGACUUAUGGUUAUAAUAAGCAAGAAUAGCUUUGUUAUGUGUUGAAGAUUAAUGACUUAGAAAUUCCUUAUAUAAUUCACUAUCGACUAUAUCAUUAAGGGUUUAUUGAUUAUGAUGAGACUAAAAACAAUAAGAUGUUUAAAAUUCCCUCAAGAUUUAUAGCAAUGAUGAUUUAGGAUAAUAAUUUUUAGAUUAAAGAAUCAAAUCAAUUAGUGUUAUUGUGUAGAUUCUGUAUUGUUACAAUUUCCGAUAUUCCUGGAUAUGAGAAAUUCGACUUGGUCAAGAAGACUUUAUUGUAGAGACAAAUACAAUAUUUAAUAAAUAGAGGAGAUAUUAUUGUUUGCUUUUUGAAAAUGUCAAUUAAAUAAGAAGAUCUCUAAGAAUCUAAGAGUUUGGUCAUUAAUGAUUACGAGAAAACUAUUUAAUUGAUCGAAUUAUUAUCUGAAAAUUAGUAUGAUAUUAUUGGACUGUUCGGAAUUAGUUAGAAUGAUAAUUAAGAUCUAAUUAAGGAGUCUUUUAUUACGAAUAGAGCAAGGAUUAUUAUUCAAUCAGAAAAACCUUACGAAUUAGUUCUACCAUUUUGUAUUAAAAAUAAUGUUCUGCAUAAUGAAACAAUUACUUAUAUCUUCUAAUCUUCAUCAAGAGAUGAUAUCCUUUAUCAAAUUAGAUAAAUUAUAAGCAGUCUUAGUUAGGAAGAUCCAAAGAAAAGCUCAAAUUAAUUAAAUCGCAGAAAUGCAUAAAUUUAAACUGAUAAAAUUAAGAUCAAUAACAAUGCUUUGAUUAUCGAUGGAAAUGUGUUGGAUUUAAUCUUAAAUGACAAAUACCUCAAUAAUCAUUUUGGAUUUAUUAUUCAUUUUAAUAAAAUCAUUAUUGUUUAUAAUAUGAACAACAAUUUGAAGUAGAAAUUAUUGAAUUUUUUAACUGCUUAUGAUAGUGAAUAUUCUUCAUCCUUAUGUGUUAAUUAUAGUGCAGGAUCACAUGGUUUAGUAAAGAUGAGUAAUUUCUCUUAUUAGAGACAUGAUGAAAUCGAAUCAGAUGUUAUGGGCUUUAUUAAUUAAUAUUCAAUAAAUAUUGAUGAGUUAGAGGUUUUUGACAAUUUAGUAAUUAAAACUGGAUUUCAACUAUUUUAAAUUAAGGAUGCCACUUAACGCAUAUGCAUUCAAUGGAACCUAUGUUUUGCAUUAUUGCAAAUGACAUUCUAUUGCUUUCCAUAUUAUAAUGGUUAAUUGCUCUCGAAGGAUAGAUUAUUAAUAUUGCAAAUAUUAGUGCCAGCAAUACUGUUAACAUAUGCAAUAAAGACAAUAUUCGUAGAAUAAGAAUAUUUGAGUGUGAAAAUAAAUACAAUCAAACAGAAAUCCCUUGAUUUAGAGAAUAAUCACAUUGUAGAAUUAUUAUUAGAAACAAUUAUGGAUGUGGUACUAAUAACAAUCGUAAAAUACAUCUUUUAUAUCAAUGAUAUUCAAAUAGGAGUCUACAAUACAAAAGAAGAAAUUGCAUUAUUUUUUAGUUUUAUUUUGAUAAUUCAUCUCUUUAAAUUGGCAUUUUUAUCAAAAGAACUCUACUUGGCAUUAUUCUUGUCUUUGAGUACCUUAUUAUUGAUACUGUUACACAUAACAAUAGAGAUGAUUAAUUUGGAUUACGAAAUAUUGAGAGAGUUUUUAAUUUAACCUACAACAAUAAUGUCAUUUUUAAUGAUGUUGGCAAUGAAAAUAGUGGUUAAUUUGUUUGGAUAGUUUAGCAUUUAUUUGUACAAUUGUUUUUUAGAGAGAUCCUAAUAGGAUAUAGAUUUUAAUUUAAUAUUGGAAAUAAUUUCAAAGGAAUUGCAGAGUAUAAAGAAUAUUUAAUAUUUAAUAAAGAAGGUGUUUAAGGAUUCUGAAAUCGAUUUGUCAGUGAAACAGAUAUUCAAUAAGGGAGAAAACAAGAAUCAAUUAAUUUAAUUAAAUAAUUAUACAUUGAAUUUCGAAGAACAUAUUUAUAAUUAAGAAUUCAUAUAGAUGUACAUUUCAAAAUGGAAAUUCAUUGGGAUCAUAACAAAUUUAAGUUAUUUCUUUGGCCUCGAUAUAUUUUUAUUGAUACAUUAUGGAUUGAGAUUCGAAUAGAUUAAUACUGCCUUGUUUUCCAUAAUGCUGAUAUUGACUUUUUGCUAAGCGUUUCUUAUUAAUUAAUCAUGUUAUCCAAAAUAUGAAAAGUUGAUAAUCUAUUUUGGAUUCUUUUAAACCAUAUUUCGUUUAUUCAUAAUAAGUGUAGAUGUCUACGAUCAUGAUAGUUAAUUUUAUGCAUUCAUCUUUUAUUACUUGGUAAUUUUUUCGUUAACUCAACAAAUCAAUUACAAGUACAGUUUUAUAGUGAUUCAACAAAUAAUGACAUUGAUAUCUGGAAUAGUGAUGCUAUAUGCAAACAAAAUGUAAAAUGCAGAAGAUGUGUAUUUGGGAGAAAUAAUAGUAUUGUUUGUAGCCUUCAGCAUAAUAUCUUUAUAAUCUCGUUAUCAGGAUGAUGUAACACAACGAGAGGAUUACAUUUGUGGAAAAGUAUUGGAAAUUGAGAGAUCAAAGUAUUAAUCUGUAAUGUCGUUGUUGUUGCCUCCAUUUGUAUUGGGUAGACUUGAUUAAGGCAAUUUGAAUUUCUCAGAGAAUCAAGGAUUGGUAGGCAUAAUCUUUGUGGACAUGUGCAGUUUUGAUGUGAUAGUAAGUGAAGAGGCUCAAAAUAUAGUGUAAUUGAUGGAUAACAUCUAUCGACAAUUUGAUUAAAUCUGUUCAUCGACUAAUUGUCAGAAAAAUAGAGACUGUUGGAAAGACCUACAUGGCAUGUUCAGGUUUGUAAUGUGUAGAGAAAUUCUAACCUAAGGGUCAUCUGAAGAACCCUAUCGAAAGGUUGGUAGAGUUAGCCUUUGGGAUUCAAUAAGAAAUUACUCAUUUUAAAUGGGGACCCAAUCAAAAGAGUUUUGGAUUGAAAAUAGAGUUCUAAUGGGUGUGAUUGGAUCAAUAAAGCCGUAAUUUUCAUUGAUUGGAGACACCGUCAAUACGACUAGUAGAUUAUGUGCUCAUUGUCCAGAAGGUUUGAUAUAAAUAUCUCUUCAGGCUUUUGAUCAAAUUAAAAAUGUGAAAUCAAUUAAAUUCACUAAUAAUAAAAUUGAAGCUAAGGGUAAGGGAAUCAUAGAUACCUAUUUGAUUGAAAAGAAAAGAAAUUUCGAACAAUCUUUUAAUAACAAAUAAAAAAAGUCAGAAAUGCCACAUAUUGAUUAAAAAUUGAAAUUUGUCUUGAAUAAUGAAUAGUAACAAAACUCUUUUAAGAAUCAAAAUCAAGCAAGCAUAGCAGCCAUCAGAUAGAAGACUACUAGAAAUUUAACCAAUAAGUUAAAUUCUAUGAAAUAGGACGAUCUUUAACAAUUAAAUUAGCCAUAAAAUAAUUAGGGAUUGCUACAACCAAAUUAAUUGAUUUCAUCCACCUAAUAAUAAGUAAUUCCUUAGAAGACUCCUACUCUCAAUUUUACAGCUAGUUAAUUGCAAUUAUUCAGGAAGCAUACAAAGAGAAAUUUAAUUAACAAUUAAGCCAAUUUGUCAACUUUGAAUCAAAUCCAAUCUCCUCAUUUGUUGUAAUAAAAUAUUAAUCCUCUUGGUCCUAAUACUAAAUUAGUUCCUUAAAAAUCUAUCUUCAGUCAACAGCAAUAGAAUUAAUAAAUGUCAAUGCAAUUAGAAAAAAUCGAUAAAUAUUAAUAAUAAUCUUCAAUACAUCUCCCAUAGUAGGAUCCCUCAAAUUAGAAUAUUUUGGUCGGCAUCCCUGAUAUCCCUUUAGAUCAAUCUUUGAAUGUCAUGGACUCUUCGAUCAAAGACCAAACUCCAUUUAAUUGCAGAAGGGAUGACUAGAAGAAGUUUAUUGAUUCUGCGAUAAGAGUGAUCAAAUUUAAUGAUAUAGAGUUAUUCAUAAAAUCAAAGCCGGAAGUUUUCAAUAAGACUAUCCCUUUGUUUAAGAUCUAAGAAUUCUUGUAUGAAGGCAGAAGUCCAACUUUGUAGGAGAAUAACAAUAACAAUUGGCAUUUGAUAUCGAAAGAGUUUUUAUUCGAGGCAUUUAAGAAUAGUGAGAAUGUGACUCGAUAUUAUGGAAAGGAAUUAGAGAAUGGUAUCAAUAGUGUUGUGGUAUCAUUAUUGCUUCUCCUAAUAAUACACAUCCUUUUUAUAAUACUAUCUCAAUUGCAAUAAGUAAAUACUCAAUAGGCAGUAAUAAGAGCGUUAGGAUGCUUUUUCAUUUUAAUUGAGUUAUACUUGUUGAAAGCACACUUUUUUGAAUGGAAACGAGAAAGAUUACUAAAAGUGAUUAUAAUUCAACUAGUAUCUUAAUGUGUCAUAUUAGGAGUGUUCUAUGAUUAGGAUAAAGACAAAUCAGUAAUCUUAUCGAUAGAAUCGAUAAUAACUAGUUGUCUUCUAUUUGCUCAUAAAUGGCUCUAUGUUUAAGAGAAGAUAUUAAUUUGUGCCUUCAUGUUUACAGUUUGGUUGAUUAUCAUCAGCUCAGUUUUUAUAAUAAAUAUUUGGGAAGUAUUCUUCUUACUAAUUUCGAUUGCAUUAUUGUUAUAAAGAGAACUGCUAAGCUAUUUGUUUUCUUAUAAGUAGAUGCUCAAUUAAGAACAAAUAGAAAUAAAGAAGGAAGAUAAAAUUAAUCUCCUAAGUUGUUUAUUGCCAAUUCAUGUGUUGAGUUAGUUCUUGGAUGAUUCCACAAGUGCAAGGUAUUUCUCUGAUGUCUACAAUGAUUGUACAAUCCUGUUUGCAGAUAUUGCUGGAUUCACAAAAUAUUCAUCAAGUGUGUAACCUGAGGAAGUAGUCUCUAUGCUUAAGAAUUUAUUCGAUGAGUUUGAUACACUGACUUAAGUGAACAAUGUAUUCAAAUUAUACACCAUUGGAGAUUGCUAUGUGGUGAUAGGAGUAACUGACAAUUUCAAAAGAGACCCAAUUCAAGAAGCAUUAAAUGUGGUGGAAAUGAGUCUCAAUAUGUUGGAAGCCAUAACCAGAGUUAGAAAUUAAAUUAAGUAUCAGGAUCUUCAUAUGAGGAUUGGAAUACAUACGGGUAACGUGAUUGGGGGUAUCAUAGGGACAGAUAUCAUUAGAUAUGAUGUGUACGGAAAGGACAUUCUGAUUGCAAAUAAAAUGGAGAGCAGUUCAGAGGAGGGUAAAGUACUGAUAUCAGAAACUACUAAGAAAUUAAUUGAAGAGAACUUCCCAUAAGAUUAUAUAUUCCAUGGACGAAAAUUAAUAAAUAUUCCCUCAAUCAAUACAACAAUUACUGGAUUCUUCUUAGAAACUGCAAUAUGA